AUGGCAACGAAGCUGCACAAUCCAGAAAUCCAAGACGAUGGUGUAUGGAUGACUGCAUCAAGUUUCACUAUUUUUACUAUGACAGCGGGUUUUGGACUGCUCGAAUCAGGACGGGUUUCACCAAAGGACGAGGUAAAUGUUAUGGUGAAAAAUGUUGUGGAUGUUAUAUUUGGAGGUCUAGCUUACUGGAUGUUUGGUUACGGGUUCACAUUUGGCGAUCGAUUUGCGAAUCCAUACAUUGGUGUAGGCGAUUAUUUCUUCGAUCCGGAAAGAGAUGACAAGCCCAAUGCAGACAGGGUUCAUCUGGUUGGCGGUAUCUCCGGCUUGGUGGCUACUCUCUAUCUGAAACCUCGCAGAUAUCGUUUUGCAAGUAAAAGAGCUCGGCAGAUGAGCGAUCCCACAAAGGCUAUUCUAGGCUUCCUUAUGAUUUGGUGGGGAUGGUUGGCGUUCAAUACCGCGUCAAACUACUCCGUGUCUCGACAUCAGUGGACUGAAGGCUCUCGGUCAGCCGUGGGAACGAUAAUGGCAUCAGCUGGCGGUGGUAUAAUGACCGUAUUCAUUUCACGAUGUACGACGAAUAAGAUACAAGUCGACAUGCUAAUUGAUGGGAUGUUAGCUUCUUUAGUAUCAAGCACAGCCGGGUGCCUGUUCUAUACCCCUUGGCAGGCUAGCUUGGUUGGCGCUAUAGGUUCAGCAAUGGCGUUGGUGAUCUAUCCGUUACUAGAAAAAGCAGAGAUAGAUGACCCAGUGGGAGUAGUGCCGGUACAUGUUGUCGGUUCCAUAUGGGGUAUGAUCAGCCCAGCUAUUUUCGUAUGCAGAGACUUUGGCCUCGAUCAAGACGUAACAAACGAUAACGAUUUCUCUGGAUUGCUCUACGGUGGUGGAUUGACUCUUCUUCUCUAUCAGUUGGCUGCCCUCACGGCCAUAACGUUUUUCAGCGGAUUUUGCGCCUUCGCCAUUCUUUAUUUGCUCCAACAUUCACCGAUUGGUCUGCGUCUCAGUCGCUUGGACGAAGAACUUGGUGCUGAUCUCAGGGAACAUGGACUUGCUGGAGUGAACAUCAUGACCUAUACAAUCGAGAAGAAACUAACGGCAGAAAGCCUAAGCGCUGUAUUGAUGGUGAUUGUUCGAUGGCGUACAAAAGCAAAACUUGGAACCCUGAGACGUCAAAGGAUAGCCGACAUACAGACUACAGAAACUCAACGAGGUAUCGAAAUGACGGUGCAAAAACGACGGACUACAGAAAAUUCUGCUCAAUCAGCUAGAAGAUAG